AUGAAGUUUCUCACCGUUCUCUCUUUGCUGUCGUACCAGCUUUCACUCGCUGCGGCCUCGACGAUUCCAACUGGUUUAUCGAAGCGCGCGGCUCAAUAUAAUGCCACCCUCCUCGCCUAUGGAACUAGCACUGACGCGUGGCCAGUGGCAUACGGGCUCGAUGAUGCAAAACUCUACGUUACAGCCAACCCCAAUGAUACUACUGCAAAUCUGGUGCCCUUGACCUGGGAUAUUGCUGCCAUCACUGGCCGGAACUGGAUCGCCAACGCCACAUUCUCCAACGGAACCGAAGCAGGAUCUAUGUACAUCAUGCAGCAGGACUUCGACGCCGUCGGAGUCUCCCCAAUCGCCAAUAUCGCCAACGUCAACGGCUCAGUCUCGGGCUUCGCCAUGUUCGCCUCGCAACUGGUAUACAAUAAUAACUCCACACUCGAGUCGCAGUUCUGGGCUCAGUCAACCGACACGGAUGAUGUCUACGCCCUGAUGUGGAAUACUGAAGGCGAGCUGCAGAAUAAUAGCUUUCCCGUGACAAUCAAGGCCACGUCGGACAGUUCUUGA